AUGUCAUCAAUUGGGAGUUUUGAAGGAUUCCAGCCUGUAUCUCUGAAACAAGAGGGAGAUGAGUUGUCUGAGACUGAUCAGCUCUCCAGAGAGGAGGAGGAUCCAGGCAAGGACCUAGCAACGAGGCUAAUUUCAAGUCAGACAAGUGUGACUGAAUCGACACUGUACCCCAAUCCUUAUCUCCAGUCUUACACCUCACGGAAGUACUUCGUUACAAGGCCAGGUGCAAUAGAGACUGCCUUGGAAGAUUUGAAGAGCCACAUAGCUAAGACUUUUGGAGAGAACAUUCAAGGCUUCUGGCUAUUGACCGAAAUAGACCAUUGGAACAAUGAGAAGGAGAGGAUUUUGCUGGUCACAGACAAGACUCUUCUAAUUUGCAAGUAUGACUUUAUCAUGCUCAGCUGCCUGCAGUUGCAGCGGAUCCCCUUGAGUGCUGUGUAUCGCAUCUGCCUGGGCAAGUUUGCCUUUCCUGGGUUAUCACUGGACAAGAGACAAGGAGAAGGUCUCCGGAUCUACUGGGGAAAACCAGAGCAGCAAUCUCUAUUGUCCCGCUGGAACCCAUGGUCCACUGAGGUCCCUUAUGCUACAUUCACCGAGCAUCCUAUGAAACAUACCAGUGAAAAGUUCCAAGAAAUUUGCAAGUUGGCUGGACUCACAUCUAAACUUGUUCCAGCUAUCCAGAAUGCUCAAAAGAACUCACCUGAAUCUGGAAGAGAAAAGGAGUUGUUGGUGCUGACUGAACCCAUUUUGAUUGAGACCUAUACUGGACUGAUGUCAUUCAUUGGAAACCGCAACAAGCUUGGCUAUUCCCUUGCCCGUGGGAGUAUUGGUUUUUGA